GUUUACAAUUCAUGUUGUACCAUCACCCAGUCAUCCCGUUGUCAUCCAGUUUUGGCUGUUUCCAUUUUUUGCUGCCUGUGGUUUUGUGCCAAGGAAACUAUCAGCGAAGCACACUUACAGUUACGUAGAGCAGGAAAGCCCUUUGCUCACUGCAGGGUGCUCCAGUACCCUCAGGGGCACCAAGAGGAGAUGUAUGUGCUGAUCCAGCAGCAUCAGAUUGGUUGAAGUCCUUGCACAGAGGAGUUACGAGAUCUUCCACGGCUGUUCUCUUUGUGCCACGUUUUAUCCUUUUUGUGCUUGGAACAGGGGAAACUUGCUGCCAUUGAAAUGUCGGGCUUUACCUUAUGCAGCAAGGUGUCCCUGUACAGUUUACAAUUUUUGUUUGGACUGGGGUUUUUGUUUUGUUUUCCUUUGCAUAUUUCCAGCCCUGCAUUGGUUAGCUAGGCUUUUAAAUUUAGUAAGCGAGGUUGUGAAAAUUAUAUGGAGUGUUUUUUGCAAAUCGUGUGUUGUCAGAAAAUAUGCAUUAGCAGGUUUCUUGCUGUGUUGAAGAAAUUCUUGUGGCACGUGAGUAUCUCACCAGCCCGUGUCAUGCUCUCAGGGGGGUCUCAGCAUCUGCCUGUUUGUGCCUUGGUACCAGAAGGAAAAGCAUUACCUUCCUUUCACUGGAGUAUUGAACACAUUGUGGAAGAGCAGGGGCAGACGUGUCUGCAACAGCAGAAGGAACAGGAGCAGUCUCUCCCGUGACAUCUUAUUAUUGUCGCUGGGGAUGCAGUGGAUGGAUUAUGGAGGGUCAUUCAUCUAACCCUAAUGCAGAUUGCACCGUAGUGACCGUAAGCAUCGCUGUCUGUAACGGGAACACAGGCGCCCAGACCACAGAGUUUAAAAUUUAGGUGAGACAAGCCAGCUGUGGCUUCUAGCAAACCUGAGUAGAGCCAGUGCAGCGAUAGGCUUGAGGAGAGGAGAAAAGUACAUGGGCUGACCAGCGGGAAAGCAUCUUGGCAGAAAAGGACCUGAUGGUUCUGUGAACAAGAAGUAGACCAGGAGCCAGCAGUGUGCUCUUGUGGCAGAGGACCUGCUGGGCUGUGUUAUGUAGAGCCUGCAUGGUCAAGGGAAGCAAUCCUUCCUCACUACUCAGCACUGGUGAGACACAUCUGGAGCGCUGGCUCUGCGCUUCCCAGUAAAAGCGAGACAUGGGCGUACUGGAGCAAGUCCAGGAAAGGGCCGCUAGGAUGAGAAAGGGACUGGAGCAUGUGCUGGAGGAGGAGAGGCUGAGAGAGCUCUGAUCGUUUUCAUUGGAGAAGAGCAAGCUAACAGGGUGUCUUGUGAAAGUGUAUAAACACCUGAUUAGAGAUGGAUGGUGUAAAGAAGAUAAGCCAUACUCUUCUCUGUGGAAUCCAGUGAUGGGAUGGGCAUAAACUCGGGGGGCACAAAUUGAAAUACGGGGAAUUAGAAUGAAGGAAAUGGUGGUGAAACACUGGAACAGGUUUCCCAGAGAUGUUGUGAAGUCUCUGUCCUCAGACAAGGUCAAAAGCCGCAAGGACACUGGCCUUAGUAACCUGCUCUAGGUGACUCUGCUUUGAGCAGGGCCAUUGGUCAAAUGAUCUGCAGAGGUGCCUUCCAACCCCAGCCCUUCUGUGAUUCUGUGAGUAGAUGGGGCCCGACCUGAGGCCUGGGUAGCUCCAUGGAUGGAUGAAAGGGCUGGGAAUAGCUUAAGGUGCUUUCCAAAGAGCUUCCUCAACAUUGGUAUCUUGUGAGUCCAUCUGUGGUGCUGCUGUGCUUGGAAGGAUUUGUGGAGGGGAGAGGGGUCUGGGAAGCUACAGAGCAAUAGGCGUGACAUUUGUUGCAGGCAACUGAGUAGAAACUGCGCUAAACCCUAAACUUAGUGGCUGUAUGGUAUUUUAUGAACGCAUCAACAUGUCUUCUGUAAGGGAAGGCCAGCUGCCAUCAAGCACGGGGAUAAGGGGGAACUCUGCCAUAAAAUGAGGGAUGCCUGAAUUUGGCAAAGUAAUUCAAUGAAGUAUCUGGCAUAAGAGGAGUAUUGCCAAAUGGAUGAGGAAAUUAAUUGGUUGAAAGAGUGUUCAAAGGAGCAUUCAGAACUGCAGUCUUGGGGUGGGAGGAGGCAGGUCUAUGAAACUCUCAGCUCAGUUCUCGUGGCAGCCACCCAAGCAGCGUGAGCACUGGGAAUUCUUAGCAAAGGAGUAGAAAACAGCAACUAGCUUCCUGCCGCAGUAUAAAGCUUAAAGUGUAGUGAUAAUGGGGUGUCAGUUUCCUUCUUUGUUUUUUUUUUCCUUUUUUUCCUGUUUCAUUCCUGAUUAGAUGGGUUCUUCACAGCACAGCCCUAUGACCCGUCAGCUGCAUGACCCUUCUUUCAGCCAAUGUAUUAGCUGAAUGUAUGGUGUCACAUCCUCCCUGAUUUGCAUGUUAUUGCCAUGCGUUUAGGCUCCACCUUUACCUUUUCACAAAAAGGAAGUGCCAGACCACAGAGUUACAGGCACUCUCAAAGACACUAACGUCUUGAAAAAGCUUGUCCACCUGAGCAGUGACUUCUGUGGUGCCUUGAAAACAGGGACAGAUCACGACGGUUGUCUUGAGAGAGCAGGCUCUGACGGGAGCGAGACUGCCCAGGAUGUCCAGCUGCCUGCCAAAACUGACCACGGCGGUGCUGAGCCACAGGCUCAGGGCUCUGUUUAUCCUCACCAUUUCUUUUGUGUUCUUUGCCUCUGUCAUGUUCCACUGGAGAACUGGGGAGGACGCUGAGGGCCAGCUCUACAGCUUGCCCACCAAAAUCAGGUGUGAACAGUUUUUGCCGCCUUCUCCCCACACCAUUGCUGGUGGGCCCCCUCAUUCCCCAGGGGAUGUGUUUUUUGUGGAGACCUCUGAGCGAACUAACCCAAGUUACCUGUUCACAUGCUCUGUGGAGUCAGCGGCCAGGAUGCACCCUGGGACAAGGGUCAUGGUGCUCAUGAAAGGUUUGGCAAAUGGGAACGCCUCCUUACCCAACCACUGGGCAUUCUCAUUGCUGAGAUGCUUCCCCAACGUGGAAAUCCAGCCCCUAGACUUACCAGAGCUUUUCUCAGGGACGCCUCUGGCAAAGUGGUACCUGCAGUCUUAUCAUCGCUGGGAACCGUAUUUCUUACCUGUCCUGUCUGACGCCUGCAGAAUUACCAUCAUGUGGAAAUUUGGUGGCAUCUACCUGGACACAGACUUCAUUGUGCUUAAGAACUUAAAGAACCUCACCAAUGCCCUUGGUAUCGAGGACCAGAAUGUACUGAACGGGGCCUUUCUGUCCUUUACACCCAAGCAUGAGUUCAUGGAGCUUUGCAUGCAGGACUUUGUGGAUAACUACAAUGGCUGGAUCUGGGCGCACCAGGGCCCACAGCUCUUAACGCGUGUCUUCAAGAAGUGGUGCUCCAUCAAGAAUAUCCAGAACAACAUGAGCUGCAAAGGGGUGCGUGCUCUUUCCCCAGAAGCCGUUUAUCCUAUUCGCUGGGAGGACUGGAAGAAGUUAUUUGAAACAAUCAGCUCCUCAGAGCUUCACAAGCUCCUUAAGAACACCUACGCGGUGCACGUGUGGAACAAACUGAGCCACGGGACAAGGCUAGAGAUCACAUCCCAGGCUUUGCUGGCUCAGCUGUAUUCUCAGUUCUGCCCUGCCACAUAUGCGAAGAUGAAGGAGGACUCUGAAGAGCAGUCAAGGCCUGCAAUGUGACCUGGGGGCCCUUGGCUGCAGGGAAGUUCCCCGACCUGAGGGAAACUGAGUGCCUUUCACCUUCCACAGACUUGAUUUCUGGCCUAGGAGCAGGUAUUCUGGCUGAUGGCUCAGUGAUUUUGUACCAUUUCCGAAAUCUGCCUCGGAUCCCACGUGCUUCAAAUGUACACCAGAACCUGCUUUUGGCCUCUCUUGUUGUCCUUCAGUAGCCCUUGAUGCUGCAGGGCAGGGUGAACUUGUUCAUCGGUGCCUAUCAGUUGCUCCUCUGUUGCUGUUCUCUCAAUUGCUCCUCCUGUGUAUCAGGCCCGAAAGGCCUCUCCUGUAGUUUCAGCAGCUGUAGAAACCCUUACCUUGCUCUCUGUAACGUUUCUAAGCGUGUAAAUAAGUGCCAGCCACUGCUAUAGGCCACGGUUUAUCGGCACUUAGGACCAAAUUCCCUGAGUGGUGAAGAUUCUUACAGCUGGCGAAGUUUUGGGAGGGACUGGGAGUAUCUGAAAAUUGCUUUAAGAAACAGAAAACAUUUUAAAUCCCUGCAUGGCUCAGUGUUUUUCUUGUUUUCCAAAGGUACUUUGUUUCAAAUGAUCUUUCCUACUGUUUUGCAUUCCACAGCGAUAGACCCACUUUUCUGCUCCCCUUCAGGAAAAGAAAUAGCCAAAAGCAGUUCUUUUACCAGCGUGGCAAAAUGCGACAGGUAUUGAGAACAAUACUCUCCUGCAGCAUCACCGCGUGGAAGUAGAAGUGUCCUUGUCUGCAACACACCUGAGUAACAUGUUCAAGAUAGCACUGCUGGUAAAACAGUUGGUAGGCUGCCAGUGAUUAGAGGGUAUUUCCUUGGGGUUUAUUUCCCUCUAGCUGUUAUAUGUGACAGUAAGAUAAUAAGCAACCCUUAGUAAUGCAACUCAAGUUUAACUUACACCAACCCUUUUUCCUCGCAUCCAGAGUCACGCAUUUUAUGACGAAAUCAUUCACUCUGGUAGGUACUUGUAUGUGAAUUCUGAGAAAUGAUCCUGUCGUCUUUGUCUGGAGUGUGGUUGUACACCUUUUCUUAAUCUUCUGUAUUUGCUUGAUAUGGAAGGGUUCUUGCAUAGAAGUAUUUCCAUCAAAGGCUAGGAUUAGCCUGGGAAAGACCACGCUGCGCAAAGAUGCAGCAUGCUCAGAUGUGCAGCUUGUCACGCGUUUCUUGUAACUCUCACUUCAGACUGGAUACCAGCAGCACUAUAGUGAAAUACCGACAUCUUUAUACGGUGAUUUGGCAUCGUUCUGAUGUGGAAAACUGUUCAGUCAGUAAUGGUAUGAUACCUUGAUGUAUGUCUGAAUUCCUUUUUCUCUGCCAUUACUCUGCACUUGCUGUUUCUUCACUGCAUAGAAAUCCCACUGCACUUUACCAGCUAUACAUGUGGGCAAC